AUGGAGCAACCUUUUCUAUCAUCAGGGAAAAGCGACGGCGAGCGGUGGAGCUCAUACGAGCGCGUGGGAAGGGCGGGCUCGGCGAUCCCGACGGCUUCGUUGACCGGAAAUGAAGUCACCGUCGAUGAAAUUCGCUCGGCGGCUGCUUAUUCCGGUCCUUAUCCUCCCUCUCUCCAUGCCCCUCUGCUGGUUUCACCUGGGCCUUCUCCUCAUAAUGUUACUUUUUUUUUUUCUUUUUUUCCUGGCACUAAAAUUUUCGGAUAUAUAUACAGACAAGUAUUGGAUGAGGUAGAAAUUCGAGAGCUACUCAUAGACCAUGUGGGUCAUCGAUGCUGUUGGGGUAGUCGUCCGGCUCGAACAUGGAAUAUUCAUGCAGUGGAAAAUUGCAAUGUCUAUGUUGGAACCCUCGAGACUUUUGUUGAAGAGAGAGAAACAAUAACUGAAACCGAACCAUACCUUUCCGGCGAAGUAGAUGGGACAGAAAAAGGUCCACAGCUUGGGACAUGGGAAAUGGAUAUGAGGACCGAGUUUCCUGUGCUAUUUACACCUCAUAAAGAAUCUCGGGUCGUGGUUCCUCAUUCGGAAGCUAUUGAUAAAUGCUCAUGUUGUGGGGGGAGAGGAAAAAUCGUCUGUCCUACUUGUAAUGAAGAUCAAGAACCUGGUUUCUACAAAGCGAAUCAGAUGUCUCAGUGUUCUGUUUGUUACGGAAGAGGUUUGAUUGCGCAUCAAGAUGGAUCAGAUACAAUAUGUAAGACAUGCAAGGGUAAGGGGGUCGUUCCUUGCGCCACAUGCGGAUCUCAAGGAGUUGUCAAAUGCAAGACAUGUAUCGGUAGUGGCUCGAUUCUGAAACGCCAGGUGGCUCUUGUUAAAUGGAGAACCUUUACAACAAGGAAAGUAAGCGCAACAAGUGGAGCUGCAUCUGUCCCGGAUGAAGUCUUUCACAGGGCGAAAGGGGUUCAGCUGUGCAAUACUCAGGCUCACCAGUGCACGCCGGCCUUUUUCGCCGACUCGUAUUUUCUGAACAAGUUCUCUUCGGAAGUGAUUGCCGAGAGGGCCCCGGUACCUUCAUCUGCCCGAGUCAUUUGCGAGAGGCACGUCAUCUCAGUUAUUCCGGUCGCGCGAGUUACGAUGACUCGUCAACGUCGUUCGUUCAGUUUCUACAUCAUUGGAACUGGAAAAGAGGUUUACAUGAAAGACUCGUACCCUUCAAGGUUUUGCUGGGGGCUCUGUCCUUGUUUGGAUUGGUUGAGCGUGUAA